AUGGAUACCACGUCUGAACCUCCUGCCUUUAACCUCACCGACACCGACCGGGAGGUCUUGGCCAUGACAGACGACCAAUUCGUUCCCCACGACUGGGACAACCUCAAAGAUAUCAUCGGUAUGAGAUCCAGACCCUACCUAUUCGCCUUUUCCCCGCACACAGCAAGAAAUGAUCUCGGCGCUCUGAAGCGGAAACCAUCCGAUCUGGUCCGAUACCUCUCUUGGUCCAGAGACACCAAGGCCCAAUACGGCUCCAUCACAAAUUUCAUCUGCAAGCGUCGUCUGGGCUGGCAUUUACCGGAACCCGCCGGCACCGAUGACUCCAGCGGCACCGCCGUGGCAGACAGCGAGCCAGUCUUCCCUUACAACAAUCCGAUCCCCUUUGCCGAUCCCUCGGAUUACAAGAUCCUCCGCAACGACUGGCCAUACGGUCUUGCGCCGGGAAUUGCGCACUUGUGCGUGUGGCUGCGCACCCCUGUGCCUGUCCAGGAACACGGUGGAGACCUGACGGAUGAGAGUCGCAGGCUGAUUGAGGAGUUUGUGCGAAGGACGUUUGUAGAGCGACUUGCGAGAGAGGGGUAUAACAACCCUAAGGAUCAUGUGCUGUGGUUCAAGAAUUGGACGGCACUGCAGAGUGUGAGGAGUCUGGAACAUAUCCAUGUUCUUAUCAGGGAUGUCCCGGAGAGCAUUCUCUUCGAGUGGACGCAGGAACCGCCUCGCGAUGGGCUUCCCAAUUAG